UUCAAAUUUUACUUUCUUUCCUGUCCUUUAUCUCCUCCUCCCCUCGCAAAAAAAUUAAAAUAAAAUCCCCAAUCUCUUUCCUCUCCUUUUACAAAACCCUAACCCUAAUUAUCCGUUGAUUUCCGCUUUUCCAUCAACAAUCCCGUCUAAGAUUUCUUCUGCUAAUUUGAUGGCUACUAAACCACUUUCUCGUGAAGAAAUUGCUAAUACAGAAAAGAAAUUGGACAUGCCAUUAGAUGACAUAAUCAAAAUGUCUAAAAAUACAACUAAACCUAAGAAGCAGCAAAGGGCUCCGAUUAAAAAUCAGAAAACAUUUAACCCUGCCCACGAAAAAGCUUUAAAGGUGCGGCGUUAUAUGGACAUGGGGCCCUUGGUCCGGCAGGGUGCCUUGGCUCAAAGAAGGUCAAAUUUCCAUGGUAACCAAUUUCCUUUAACAUCCGAGGCUGCAAGGAAGGCUGCAGUGUUUCCCUUUCACAAUAGAAGUUUUGGUCGCAAUUUCAUAGCCAAUUCAAACAAUGCAAGGGCUGCAGGUUUUACAGUUAAGAAGAGGGCUGCAAAUGGAGGCUUUGCUAGAAAGUCACCCCCACGCCAGAACCAACAACAGCAUCAAGGGGAUGUGGGUGCCAAGCAGAGGCCUCAAACAUUGGAUUUAUUGUUUGCUAACAUGAAGGAGCAGAGGAUGAAAGUCUUGUCACGGCAAAACAAUGCUAUAAAAUACAACGGCGGUGGCAGGCGGCCAAGGGUGCCAUGGGCAAGAGGCCGAUUCUGAUGCGAGCUCUUGCAAGAGGUUGAUCAGACGGGGUGUUUGCGACUCUGAAGCAGAGUCUUCUAUGAUCAUGUCUUCUCAGCCUCCCUACUGACCCUGUUCAUUGGAGUGCUAAGGGUGCUUCAGUUGCAGAACCUAGGCCUCCCUAAAAAUUUUCAUUUUUGCUUGUCAUGUUGAACUAUAUCCAGCUUGGUAUUUUCCCAGUGGCAUUUUAUCAGUUACAGGAUGUUAAUGCAAUUCAUGACUUCUCAGGAA